ACGAAAACAGCAGAGGAGAGCUGCUAUGUAAACUGAUCUGCACAUCUAUUCCUCUCUCUCUCUCUGAGUAAAAACAUAAAAGCGAACAGAGACUACUCAACAAAACCCCGUAGUCCUUACCCAGCGCAUCAGAGAUUUCUUCUAACGCGAAAAGGUCUCGCCUUUUGAGGGGGGCAAAGAUGAAUUCGAUUUUCUCACGUAGAGUCGUCGUCGACUCAUCCUCGCGUCUCACCAAACUGCUCGCGAACCCACCGAAUCAUCACUCCUCCUUCACUUCCAUCUAUCGACCGAGCCAGACCCGCCAUUUUCGGACCCACUACCUUCCUUCGACCCCGUCUCCUCCUCCUCCUCCCGCGAGCCGCUGCUUCGACCCUUCUCUCCUAUGGCGAUCGGAGAAGAUUCGUGGGUUUUUCGCGAGCGCUCUAACGAACAAAUCCGUGAAACUGGGGAAUCUCGUGGAAUCAAAAGUUGGGUUCUUCCGUUCUCAGUUUCCCAGAAAGGGUUUCGAGUUCGGAGGCUAUUCUGGGUUUCAGAGACGUGGAUGGAAGAAUUGGCUUCAAGGACUAUCAUCUAAUGACGUUGUCCUUGGAUUACUACUAGCUAACGCUGGUGUCUUUAUCAUGUGGCGUGUUUUCGACCAACGUUUCAUGAUGAAUAACUUCAUGAUAUCGUUGGACAAUUUCACCAGUGGACGUCUACACACUCUGAUAACUUCAGCAUUCAGUCAUAUUGAUAUUGGGCAUAUCGUCUCAAACAUGAUUGGUCUCUACUUCUUUGGAACCAGUAUCGCAAGAAACUUUGGCCCUCAGUUCCUUCUGAAGCUUUACUUUGCUGGAGCGCUUGGUGGCUCUGUGUUCUACUUGAUUCACCAUGCUUAUCUUGCUGCCUCAUCUCCCAAGGGCCAUGGAGCUUUCGUGAGGGAUCCAUCCAGAACCCCGGGACUGGGUGCGAGUGGAGCUGUGAAUGCCAUCAUGCUGCUCGAUAUCUUCCUGCACCCAAGAGCUACUCUUUACCUUGAAUUUUUCAUUCCGGUUCCCGCAAUGCUGCUUGGAAUCUUCCUCAUUGGUAAAGACAUUUUAAGGAUAACAGAGAGGGACAGUAACAUCUCAGGUUCUGCUCAUUUGGGAGGGGCUGCAGUUGCAGCCAUUGCUUGGGCUGGGAUUAGGAGAGGUCGCUUCCGUUUCUGAACCUUUUGACCUAAUCAAUGCUUGGCUCUGGUCAUCUUAGAGAGAGAGAGAAAAAAACUAUCUUCAAAUGAUUUAGGAACUUUGAGACCAUAUUGUGGCUCACAAGAUUAUUAGAUUCUACCAUAUCUGUUCUUCCAAAUAUUAAUCUUGUCUGUGUUUGUUGCUGCUGAACCUAACCUAUAGACUGAUCAGAUCCACUUUGGAAAUCAACUCUGAAUUAUAUUAGUUUGUUAAGUUUUU